CAAAACAUAAUAAUUACUUUAAGAUGAAAUUCACUAGUUACGAUUGUCAAUAUUGCCGUGCACACACUAUAGAAUUAAAUAUCGCCGUGCGCACACAUUAUGAAAUAUAUAUAAGUUUCAUCGAAAUCUUGAAACAUUGUAGUAAAGAAGAAGUGGCAUCUUAUCUCGUGAUUCAUUUAUUAGUCACAGUAUUUCAUGUAUCCUGGCCGCAUUUCAUAGAAUUAUCUAAUUAGUGAUCCAAAUGAAGAUCGCAUCAAUAAGACACAUCUAUUUUUUCGGGUAGACCGAUAAUUUUAUCAGCACGGCAGAGUGUACACCGGGCUUUAUUCGGGCACCGUGAAUACUGGCAUCGUAACGGACAGAGAGAGCAAGAGAGAGAGAAAAGCAAACAGAGAAAAAGAGAGAGAAGACAAGUGAGAAAGACAGAAAAGCGUCGGCGAUACUGUCAAAGAAGGAGAAUGAUAUAGCGAAGGGGAGAGGGAACUGCGGGUCGUCAGUGCCAGGCUGCGAGAGGGGUGGGAGACGUCGGUCGGCUCGGGAGAGGGAGGGAAACGCGUAAACAGAGAGUCAACAUGUAAACAGGCCACUCGCGAGACAAACAACGUAGGGGCCGCGGGCUGUUCGCCGCCGAACGAGGCAAGCAGGCAGGAGGCAGGCAGGCCGGCACACAGACAGGCAAGAAAUUUUCGCGAAAGUUUUUGAAUUAUUUGAUAAAGACGUUUAAUAGAAAAAUUUAACAUGCAGCAAGUGUUAAUUUUGAUUGCGAUACUUUUGUAAUGCUAAAUUGUUCAUUGACAAUAAUCGGAAACAUAUUAACAAAAUACAAUAACGCGACAUAGAAGAGAGGAAGAUUCGAUAAUGAACAAUAGGUGAAUUUUCAAUUAUUCAGUGCAUCAGUGAUACGUUGCAUUGCACGUCGCGUACAAAUGUGCUACAAGAAGAGUGCAUAUAGUGAUGAGGAAUACACGUAUCCAUGAGGCCCGUGUGAAAAGCACAGACUUUCAGGGAAAGUUGAUCGCAUGUUUUGCACGUUUUAAAUCACUUUGGUCAGUGGUGUAUACUUCCCUGGCUUCUGAGACACAGUGACGUGGCUUGUUGAUGGACACAUUGGUGAAAAUCCGUUUGACAACGGUUCGUGGGGAAAGGAGCAUUUUCAGCCAUCGACAGUUCCCUGGCAGCUGAAUCCACGCGGCCACGGUCGUCCUAGUGACGAUGGCAUAAUGGAUCAUGACACAGACGGAGACGGCGCGAUCAACUUGUCAACGUCACAGCGACCCUCCGCCGCCACUACCCCUAAUGGUGAUACUCCCACUUACGGCCAAGAUCAACAAGACAACGAUCAGGCUACUUCGCUGUUUGCAGCCCUGAAACAGCAACAACAACAAUCUCGCGACAGCGUCUUCUCGUCGCGGGAUCGCGAUUGUCGCGACAGGGAUCGCCUGUCUACGACUCGCAAUCGUGACUCCGGCAGGGGUAACAUUGCGGAGACCGGCGGCGGCAACGGGGCUGCUGAUCAACAGCAGCAGCAGCAGCAGCAGGAUCUUAGUAUCGAGUAUCAAAGCAAUGGGAAGCUCAGUCCCGCCGGACACGUAGUGACAGCAGCACCCAUGACCCAGCAAAAGCAGCCAAUUAUCACGCAGCAGUCGCAACAGCCCAGCUCGGGGGCGCCAGGGCCCCAACCUAGUCCGCAUCAGAGCCCGCAAGCCCCACAGAGAAGUUCACCGCCAAAUCCUUCCCAGGGCCCGCCACCCGGUGGCCCGCCAGGGGCACCGCCGUCACAGACUCCUUCGCAGAUGAUGCUCAGCUCGGCGAGCGGCCUCCAUCAAAUGCAACAGCUGCUGCAACAACACAUACUCAGCCCUACGCAGUUGCAAUCCUUUAUGCAGCAGCACACGUUGUACAUGCAACAACAACAACAACAGCAUCAUCAGGAUUCAUCUUCCGAUCAUGCAUCUAACCAAGAACGUUUUGGCUACUUUUCUUCUUUAAAAAACCAUCAGCAUCAACUUGCGGAACUCAAUAAAAAACAAUUGGAGCAAGGGAUGCAGCAACUGCAAGAACAGUUGCAGCUGAAUUUAUUUCAGCAGACGCAUUUAUUGCAAACAGCAGACAAGAAGAAGGCAUCGGCGCCUCUCCAACAACUAGCGAUUCAACAGCAGCAGUUAAUACAGCAAUUACAAAUAACACAGAGGCAAUAUUUGUUGCAACAAGGGCUGAGUCUUCAAGGCCACAAUCCUUCUUCAGGUUUGCCACCAAAUGAUAAUCUAUCGUCAUGGAAAUCAGAGCCAUCGGAUACCCCGGAAUCCCACCAAAAUUCCAGCGUGCCGAAAUCCAACUCCGGAUUGAAUGGCAUUCUGAAUUCGAUAGCUUCGAGCCGGCGAUCCGAGGUGAAUGGCACAACGCCAAUGGAUGAGAAACCGUUGGACGCCUCCUGCAAUGAUAAAGUUCACCCCCUCUAUGGCCAUGGGGUUUGCAAGUGGCCAGGCUGUGAAGUAAUUUGUGAAGACUAUCAAGCAUUCCUUAAACACUUAAAUACAGAGCACACGUUGGACGACCGAUCGACAGCGCAAGCCAGGGUUCAGAUGCAAGUAGUAUCACAGCUAGAAAUUCAAUUGCAAAAAGAACGAGAUCGAUUAGGCGCUAUGAUGCAUCAUCUACAUAUGGCGAAACAGAUGGCUUCUCCGGAACCACCAAAAUCAUCCGAAUCAUCGACGGGCUCGAAUUUACCAAAGUUGAAUUUUUCCACUGCGCUGAUGAGUCAGCCGCCACCUAACUUCGGGGUCUCUCAGGUAUCACCGGUAUCCAUGUCCGCUCUGGUGUCCGCUGUGAGGUCACCCGGCGGUGGUCAACUACCCCCAUCGGCUGGCGGUGCUCCGAUACCGCCACUUCCGACCAUACCUAACAUGUCCGGUUUACCGCCGAUGCCCAAUAUGCCCGGCAGCAUGCCAAGCAUGGCUGGUCCAAUUAGACGGCGUAUCAGCGACAAAUCAGCUCUUUCUUUGGCAGGAGGACUGUAUGACGAGGGCACUGUAAGGCGCAGAGUAUCCGUCGAUAGAUCUGGAUUAGAUAUUAACGAAGAAAUUCAACGAAAUAGGGAAUUCUACAAGAAUGCAGAUGUCAGACCACCAUUCACGUAUGCAUCCUUAAUUCGGCAGUCCAUCAUUGAAUCUCCCGAGAAGCAGCUGACGCUCAAUGAAAUUUACAACUGGUUCCAAAAUACAUUCUGCUACUUCCGGCGCAACGCAGCAACGUGGAAGAACGCGAUCCGCACCAAUCUAUCAUUGCACAAGUGUUUUGUGCGCUAUGAGGACGACUUUGGGUCAUUCUGGAUGGUGGACGACGCCGAGUUCGUAAAGCGGCGGCAUCUGUCCCGCGGCCGCCCCAGGAAAUAUGACCCAACCCCAUCACCCACUCCACCCCACCUCUCCGCACAGGGUGUCCCGUCAAAGAGUCCAACUCUAACGCACAGCCCUACCAUGUACGGUGAUGCGCUUAAUGCCAAUCUGCAGUAUUUUCAGGCGCUCGGGGAGUCUAAUAUGGGAUUUUUGAACAAUCCAAUGUGCACGUCGACAGCGACAAGUCCCGAUAAAGAACAUGUGUUACCUCAUAAUGAUUUAAUGUCGCCGCUGGAUGAACCGGCCAUGCACAUAAAACAGGAGAGCCAGAGCCCGGAAGGAGGAAAGCACACGAGAUUAAUAAAGCGCGAGCUACCAGACGGUCCCAUGGAGCAAGAGACGGAGGAGGAUCAAACGGACGAUAGAGAAUACUCGGAGAGUCACGGCCACGAUUCCGGUCAGGACGAGGACAUUGCGGAGGACCUAUCGAUGGCGCCCGACAUAAUGAUCCCGGAGGAUCAGGUCGAGGCGUAGUAUCAUUUCGCCGCGACAACAAGCCAGUAGACACGAGAUGUAUACAAGGUGUCCCGUUUAUUCGGUCAUGAGAGGAGCAUUCUAUGGCCUCUUUGGCCAGAGUAAAGACGGUAGACAGAGGGAAAAUGAACAGAGGGAAAGGAUGGCAAGCGGAGAAUAAUGGAAGUAAAGGGUCGAAGAGGACGAUGAAGGCCCCCCCAGGACCACCCACCCCCUCCACACUUCUCCUUCGUACGAAUCCCCCUCAACGUAUCAUAUCUGUACCGCGACGCCCCAAUCGCGGCUUUAAGGUAACGAGAAGGAGCCAAGCGCGAAUGCAUCGAGAAAAAGACACUGAACGAUGAUGAAGGUGACGAGCGUAUUGUCGGAUGAUGUAAGCGCGAAAAUCUCGACGAUAUUCGGGGAGCGAUCCUUCGAUCCAUAUCUUUACUCAAGCAAUUGCGAACAACGAUGUAUUUUAUUUUCCUCUCAAUCUUUUCCGUUCCGGAGCCGCGGUUAUAUCUCUAAUAGACAUAUACAUAAAUAUAUGCAUAUACAUAUACAUAUAUAUAUAUAUAUAUAUCUCGUGUACAUUGCAUUAGAAAUUAAUGUGGCGACAAUGGGGCACAGGUGGUGCCCUUGGGUCUUGUGGUCGGCGCGUUUUUAUCGGCGAACGUCCCCGGGAAAUAUCCUUCGCCGGAGGAACCGAUGUAGCCUUGCGAUUAUACAUUUUGGCAAUUAUACGUGGCCGACAUAUGUGAAUAAAUAAAAUUUGAAUACAGCGGUCGGCGCCGCAACGUAACAAAUCUUCAAACUUUUUUUUGCAUUAUAUUACGCAAACACGCAAUAUAAAUUUUUGUUAAAUAAUUGAAAAAUUAUUACACACAUAUGUUAUAUAUGAAAAAGUUUCUUUACGUAAUUGAGAAAUUAACUACGCUAUUUACAUCGCAUAUAUCAUGUUUUUAUAUUUUAAAAAGUAAGAUUGUUUUUAUUUUGUUAUAUGAAUGAAUUAUAAUACUAAUUAAAAAAAAUAAUUCAAAAAUUUGAAUGCGAAAGAUGUUUGAUGCGAGAGACAAUGUGCUACGCUUGUUUAUUCAAGCAGUCCAGAUUCGAAUUUUUCGAUUAAAAAAAAAAAGAGAGAGAAUCGCCAGGAAGCAUCGCGCGGUUCCAUCGGAGAAGUGAGUCGAUCAGAGAGUCCGGCGGGAUUGAAUCUAGGAAAUAAAUCGAUGAAGCCGUGGUGGUGGUGGUGGUGGGUACGUACGGGAGCGACUGAGUUUAGUCUUUAAGUUUAGGCGUUCGUUUUUGACGAACGAAGAGCAAUGCUAGUACUGUUCUCGCGACUAAGCGGGUCCUACCGUCUCGAAGAGACCCAGUAUCAGACAAGUUAAUCUAAGAAUCGCAUCCGAGUGACGAGACCGGAUGCGUCCCGGCGUACCCGUCCGCUACUGUUGGUAGCACUCUGUAUAGUUCUAGCAAAGUUGAUCGUAAGUAGUUUCGUAUUCAUUAAACGGUAAUUAAUACGCUCGAACACACAGAGACGGUCGAGAUAUUUGUAAAUGAGCGCUACGAUAUGACACACACGCGCGCGCGACGAUCUUUCAAAUUACUUUCCGAUCGAGCCGGUCAGGAUCCGUGAUGCAGAGCGAUAUAAUAGAUGAACGUAGCUCUGCGAGACGAUCGAAGAAUGUUACGAACGGGGACAAGUGGGAAGAUCGCUAACGCGACGUUUUUAUAUUUACAUACGCGUAUUACGGUAUGUUAUACGGCAAAUAAAAUUUCACAUUUUAUGCAAACAUUAGCAGUCUUUUUGUACGAUGUAUUUAACUUUGCCAUUUCCAUAUAUAAGGUAUAAGAUAGACUCAGCACCCCGUGGCGAGAUGGUGCUUUUCAAGUUCCAAUGCAUUGAAAGCUAGUAUUUCAAUGUUUUGGAUAAUUGACAUAAAAUUUCGAACUGUUAGGUAUUGUGCGCGUUCAAGAAGAUUAUAUUAGAGUUAUUAGCACUUCCUUCUGUGAUACGUGACGAAUAUAGUAAGACCUCUAUAUUUAAUUAUAUAAAUAUAUAUAAUUAAGGGACUUAUAUAUAUACGUUACAAGUCGUUUUUGGUUGCUAAGUCUAUUGUAUAUCAAUAUUAUCGAUCAAUUACAGGCAAUUAAUAUGUGCCAUAUGCUAUUGAGAUAUGUAUGAAAAAAUACUACGUAAAAAAACGCUAAAGUAUCACGUUAAUGAUCUCCCUACUUCUCUAAACAUGAAGUCUAUAAAUAAAAGUACACUAUGUAUGCAUAUAUACAUAUAUUAAUACGUAUACGUAUCGAAAUUAUAAGGAAUUAGAUGUCGAUAAUCCUCUCCAUCAAACUUUUUUCCCAUCCUCGUCCAAUCCUAGUCCUACUAUAUACACACACACACACACACCACCCUCGAGGCCAGUAGAUUUCUUCUAAAGAGUGCGUGGUCUCGGAUCCCAGAAACAAGUAUAGAAAGCGCACUCAUAUCGGUACUAAUACUUUGAAUUGUUAGAAUCUACCAGUAACACGGACAAAUUCAAAUCUGUCUUGAAGCAUCAGUGUAUUUUUUUGGUCUCCGUAUAUGUUUAACGAUAAAUAUUCGUCAAGCUUAGAAGCUGGUUUAGUUGCCAUCGUAAAGCGCCUAUAUCAUCUUUGCACACUGUGACUGAUGGAGACGGAAAAUAUAAUUGUGUAUUUUAUUAGAUCAUAACAAGACGGUUAUGUGCAAUUUGGAAAAUUAUUAUUUGCACAAUUUGGGAAAAUAACGCAAAAAUAUAUUUUGUGAAUAUUUAAUUUCAAGUUAAAUGGCGUAAUUUUACUGCGUUGUAGAAUAUCGUGACAAUUUCUUUUGGACACAAAUUUGAAAGAGGAUUUUAUAUAUUUCCACGUUUACUUAUUAUCAUAGUUAUUCAAUCUUAGUUUCCGUUGUAAUUAAUGAAUAUAAUUUUAUUAAACGUUAUUAUGUGUAUGCGUACACAGCAAUAGAUAUUGAUAUUUCAAUGAAGAUACAAAUAUAUAGAGUCUAGGAGUUUAUAAACUUUUACAGUGAAUUUAUCAAAUUAAUCAGCAUUAUCUAAAUUAGCAUUAUCAGAAGAACAACGCAUCCUGGACUAUAUAUGCGAAAAAUGUUUCUCAUCAUCAGUGUAAAAUCUCUUUCUCUCUCUUAUAAACUUCUAUACUCUAUGAUAUUUGCAAAUAUUUAAUUUUAUUACCUUAGAUAAAUUACCUUGUCUCUGUUUGUCGAGGUACACAGAUGCCAUUUCGAGGAAAUAAACUAUAUUGCAGUGCGAAUGUACAGAUUAGUAUUUCUGUAACAAUCAAAUAAAAAUAAGAAGAUUGCAAUAUUAUUAAUAUAAUACAAAUAUUGUGAGUUUUAUAUUUUUUAAUCUUUUCGAUAUAAAUCGAUUAGACUUGUAUAGUUCAAGUAAUUUUUUUUUUUUCGUCAGCAAUCUGCAAUUUCUAUUAUUAAAAUUUUUCACAUUUGAUAUUCCUAAUAUACAUAGAGCAUCAAACAGCUUUAUUCGGUUUAUUGCAAACAUUAUUUUAUCAUCUUUAAGACUCUAAAUAUUAAGGAAACAUUACAUAUUUAUGUAAAUCAAGCACUUGUAUUUAUAUAUCAAGGAAAACUGGUCAUUUUUAAUUCAAGUUGUUAAUUCUUAUCUUUUGAAUUUUACAUUUUAAUUUAUAAAUAUUUUCAAUCACAAUUCAUAUUAUUAAAUGUUAUUAUUUAUCAAUCAACGAUUAAGUAAAUAUUAUACAGAAUUGCAAACAAGUCUUUUUAGUUUUCAAGUUACAAUAAUUUAAAAUUUCGUCCCAGCUUUAAUUAACAAAACAUACAUAUCUGCGUUAUGAGGCUUGACAAAUUUGUCGCUGAAUAAUUUAAAACACAAAACUAUUACAUAUAUUUGUCUUGAAUGUAAAUCUGCAGGGUUAAGGAAUAAUUAAAUCACAUAUGCGCGGAUAAAAGGAAAGAAAUAAAGAAGAAAACGCAAAUGCGAGAAAGAAUGGGAGUAUGUACGUGAAUGUGUGCAUUUGUAUGCAAGAAUGCCAUAAUAUAUAGUUCGGUAGCAGCUCGUUUACCGAUAAAACACGCGAGGUUUAAUUUGGCCUCGCUUUCGCGUAUGGUACUAUUAAUAAUCUAAGUCUAUAUGUACUAUAAAUUAAGAAAUUGAUAUACACACACACACACACACAUACACACACACCUACACAAUAUAGAAGACUCCUUUGUAAAUAAUUAAACUUAUCGAGGCAUUAGGAAUAUGUUAUUCAUGGAUGAAUGAAUGUGCCGAUGUCGCGGCUUGUACGUGCGUAUAUAUAUAUGUAUGAAUGUGUAUGGAUGUAAUUGCAUAUGUGAAUGCACGCGUAAUAUAUUCCGUAUCCCGUCUGCAUUUAAUUUCGACUCGAGAUCACGAAGUUCUCCUCGGGAGAUGAAAGACAUUUUCUCGUUUUGCCGGGUGAACGUUCGUCACGUCGCGAGAAAGAGCGGACCUGUCAACCGGAUAAUUAGUUAAUAAUCGGUUAAUUGAUCGAUCAUGCCGCGUCGCGUGACGUGUCCUGGGCGAGCUCCGCGCAAACACGUAGCUGUUUCUGUAUCUUUUGUAUUAUAGUGACAAUGUUAUACACAGAUGCUUUAUUACUAAUGUUUUUUUUUUUUUUUUUGUUAUGUUUGUUUGAUGAGAGCAAAUUGGAUUUAUUAGAUUUACGCGGACAUUGCGAUCGAUCAUUUCGAGAAGCUUCGAGCGAAUUGAUUAUUUCAUUAUUUUGCUUACACAAUGCUCUAGGAAUUAUAGCCGUUAAUCGUGCCGCGUAGGACUUUGCAAAAUGCUCGAAAAUAAUUGUUGAUAACGUACCCGAUAAGCGAUCAGGGUUCUUGAUGCAUUAUCUGGACAUUUAUUGUUUUGCUCUGAUAAAAGCGAUGGCGGUUCUGUGCAAUUAUAUCAGAUAGAAUAAAGCAUCCGACAUGAACUGUGCCAAAUUGAUGCGAACGUUUAUUUAAUAAAUGAAUCGAGAUAUAAACAGAUAAAAAUCAUAUUGAAAGACGAAAACUUUCCUGAAAGAAGUAAACUUUCUCAGAUUCUUCAUCUUUCGCUGGUGUAAAGCUGUGUAGUGAAAUUCAGUAUAACAUGCCGACAAAAUAAACAUAUAACGAUUUAUCAUAUUUUGUGAAAUAAGUAAUUGUUAUAUAUACAUUAAUUAAUGUCUGAAUAACAAUUUUAUUGCACAGCUAUGAUUGAAACAGGCAUGUUCGUGUAUGACAAAUUUCAUCGCGUCCUAUUCAACGUUCUCACGAAUAUGUGUACAUAACACAUCAUAAUAAUUCUCAUCAAAUAAAGUAUUCCCUUGCAAGGAAAUCAAAUGUGUUAUAAGGAUGUUCAAACGAAUACGGUUUUAACAUAAAAAAAUGUACCUAUAAUCUGCCAUCGAACAAAUUUAGAAAUGAUUUCUUUAGCUUCUACAUUUUCUAACUUUUUUUUUUUUGUUCUUUCCUUAUAAUUUGUAAUAACAUCUGUAAGAAAAAAAAGACAAAGAGGUUGUUAUCGCAAUUCGAGUUCUGACAACAAAAUACACUUCACGAAAAUAGACCGUAUAAUCGAUCGAAUAAAGAAGACCGCUGGCACAAGUUGAAAAUUAUUGCAAAAUUUUCUAGAACAUUUAUUGUCUGAAUUACUUUGUUAAGUAUUUGUAUGAUAAGUUGUCUUGUAAAAAUGUACCGAUUUUACUAAGAAAUUAAAUGUGUUACUGAAAGAAAA